AUCCGAUUAUGUUCACCUUGUUAUUACUUAUGCAAUUAUUAUUUUUUUUUAAUAUUUCCAGAAAACGUAACAAGACACUCUGUUCGUAUACAUACAUGUUCAUACUGUUCAUAUUCCUCACCAUAUGGAACCAAUCUUAAAGUGCAUUUGCGUGUUCACACAGGAGAGCGUCCCUAUAUUUGUGAAAUAUGUGGUAAAGGAUUUACAAAGAAGCAGUCUUUGCAGCAGCAUCAUACAUCAGUUCAUUCUGGUGAACGUCCAUUUAAGUGCUUUGUGUGCACUAAGAGUUUUACUCAAAAGCAUGUUCUUAAAUCACAUAUGUUAACUCAUUCAUUGGGUGCAUUGUACAGAAAACGACCAGAAGCUAGUGCCACAACAAAAGCCAUUCUGGAAAGUAGCUUUCGAGCAGAAGAUCAGGUUUAUGCUUGUCAUUUCUGUGAUUAUACUACCUACCACAAAGUAAAUUUUGAAUCACAUAUUAUUACACAUACUGGAGAACGUCCUUUUGUAUGUUCAAUAUGUAAUAAGGGCUUUACUCAGAAGCACAAUCUUCAAUAUCACUUCAUGAUUCAUCGUGGUUUGAAACCUUAUGUGUGUGAAGUAUGCAAUCAAGGCUUCCGACGUAGUUAUUGCUUAAAACUGCAUAAAGAAAAACAUGGGCAUUAAUUUGUUAAUUUAGAAUACAAUCAAACCCUGCUAUAGUGAACCCAGUUUAUAAUGAACCUCCAGCUGUAAUCAGUGAAUGUUUUGGUCCCUUCAAGUUUCCUAUAGACUUAACCUCUUUGCUGCCAAAGUCGAGAAACUGAAGUUCUCCAUGCCUGUGAGCUUGGAGCCCUGAACAUUACUGUUUGCUUCAGCACAUUUUAUAAUUAAGCCUAACAGGCAAAAAUAAUUCCUAUAAAAUCAACUUUUUAUCAAAACAUUUGGACUAUUGUAUGUGUUAUUUAAAUAUUAUUUUUUAUAAUAUGAAUCAAGAAUCCUAAUAUUAUCAAAUUAAAUAAAAAUUCAAAGUAAGUUUAUUAGCAGUAUUAGUAAUAUUGAUUACAUUUACAUAUUUAAAUUACUUUGGUACAAUAAUGAACUAAAAAAAAACUUAAGAAUUAAAUGUUAGUACAUGUUAUGUCUUAGUGCUCGAUUUACAUACAAAAUUUUAAACCUCUUGCAUGAUAUAUUUUUAAAUCUGAAUGCUCAUUGUAAGCAUUGCUAUUGUACAUUCAAAGGAUAAAAUAAUGAAUAAUAUUCAUAACAGCAAAGCUAAUACUCAAGAGAUUCCCUUCAAUAAGAUUUUGCAGCAUUCUGACAUAAUUUAUGUACAUUUAAAGUUUGAAAUAAUAAAACACUGCAUUUCAGUGCAUCAGAUAUUAUAUGGUGGGCCAUGCAAUGAUAUUUUGCUUCCUUUAAUACAGCACUAAGUUACUACCUUAUCAUGUCUUAUCAUGUUUGAUAUGGUGGGCCCAUGGAGGGUAACUGAAGUGUACCAUAUAUGAUAUGCUGGGAGUGGAAAGGGAAAAUGGGAUAUAACAAUUUAUAUUUCAAACUUUUUUCUAAUAUUUCUGAAACUUCCUACUGAAAAAUUACUAACCCUUAAAUUCAUCCUGUUUAGGGUAUUAGAAUAAUGAAAAACACCUUUAGGUUACUGUUCUUUUGUGUGUACUUCCAUCUUUCUCUGUGUUCUAAACAAAAGGCUAUAUAUGAGGCAAGUGUAGCACUCAGUUCUUAAAAAACCAGGGCAUCCUGCUGUGUCAUGCAUUGAGUCAAAGAACCAUUGAUCCAUUUACACAAAGAGCUUAAAUUGGUUCUUUAACUGAACUUUUAUACUACACAUGUUCAAUGCUGAUGCUUAUUCAUAAUUGUAAAUAUGUAUUUCAGAUGAAAAUGUGUAAUUUGAGAGUUGAGUCUUUAUGCUAAGUAACUUUUCAUAUAAAAUUAUUCACACAUGAUGAAACAGAAAAAACAAUUUAAAACUUGCUUGUAUAUAUUAAUAAUUGUAAUUUGACUUUUAUUUUUUUAAUUAUAGUUAUUAUUAACAUUUUCUGAAAGAUGUGACAAAGCUAAUCACUUUUUCUAUGUGAUUCAUCAAUCAGUUUUACAUUAUUUUAUGAGAUCAUCCAUUUUUUCCCCUUGUCAGAUUGGAUGUAGUGAACGAAAUUUUUGGUCCCAUGAAGUUCAUUAUAGCAGGGUUUGACUAUACACUUUUAGCAUUUCUUGGGUUAUAUUAUUUAUUUAUAGUUUAUUAAUAUAUAAACUGUAAAUGAUGUAUAAUUUAUAGUUUAUUACUCAGCAUUCAAAAUUUAUAGAAAAUCUAGGUUUAUAGGAUGUGAUAAGCACCUAAUUAUUAUAAUAAAUAUAUAUUUUUUAUGCUUGAAAAUAACAGUUAAAUAUGCAUUGAACUGGCCUUUUUUUCAUAUAAUUUCAGAAUUUGUCUAUGAGAAGUAAACAUUAUUUGCUCUGAUAUUAGAGCUUAAAUUCAUAAUUAACCUGUCUUUGACUGUGGAAUCAUGCAGUUACGAGACUUGAAAGCAGUUUCUGAAUCUGUGCUGAUGAGUUAAUUGUUAUCAUACUAUUGGUCAGUGACAGCCAGUAGAUUUUGAAUAUCUGAGAAAGAUAUGCUGUUUACAAAAAAUGAUUUGGUGUGGGAGUAAUAUACUAAUAUAUAACUUCAUUUGAGAGGUCUGAGAUUUAUCAUUUAGUGCUUAAUAAUACUCAUAUUUUUGUGCCAAAGCAACAAACAAACUAAUUACUAAUCACAAACUGAUCAUGCUGAUAAUGUUGCCAUUUUGAAACACAAAUAAAAUAAUGUGCAAGGGUACUUAAAUACAUAAAGUCUUGUUUUCAAACUACCAGCCAUUUAGCACUAGCCUUUGAAUCAUCUAAUCUUAGAUGACUGGCUGAUAAUGUAGGAUAAAUAAUAAAUAAUAUUUAGCAGAGAUGGGUUACCUUUCAUUUACAUUAUUCUGUUAAAUUACUGUUUAUAUUUUACUUGAGCAAUGUCAUACUUAUGUGAUAAAAUUUUAAACAUUUUAGAUUUUUAAUGUGAUAUUUUUUAUCUAUUUGUGAUGGGUAAAAUUUAUUUACUUUUAAUUUUUUUAGUAGGUAAGUUUUAGCUUGUAUUAUGCAAAAAUAGUGAAGAAUUUAAUAUACAUAAUGAAUCACGUGCAAUCCAUUUGUAGUUAUCAAUAGUUUUUUUUCUUCUUUCCUCUUCUGUACAUUUUUUAAAAAUUAUAUAAAUUAUACAUUCUCUUUGUUAAUGUUUGUUAUUUGCUAACAUUUCAAUAUGUUACUAGUAGCCUUUACAAUGCCAAAGGAAAAUAUAUAAGCAUUCCAAAAGUUAGUUUCUAAAAUAUUUCUUUAGGAGCUAGGUUCAUUUGAAUGUAAGAUUUUGUGCACUAUAUUCAAUGGUGGCAAUUUUCCCCAUAUAAUUAUCAUGACAGUUAAAAAGGACAAUUUUUAAUGGCAUUUUUAUAAAAUGUAGUGUUCUGGAUCAUUGAAAUAAGUUGACUGCAUGGAUAUUUUCAGAAUAUGUUCCAGUAAUGUAACACAAACACAAUCCACACUUUUUAAGCUUCUUUGAUGAGUAAUCUUCAUUGUCUUUAUAAUAAAUGAUGAAACAAACAAACCUGGACAUUGGUACCUUGUCAUCCUGUUCUGACAUCUUUGUCCAUCUCAUGAUCAUCAAGAUAUUCCUUUAGAACUGGGCAGAAAUGAAAAAUCAUUUGCAUGUAAACUGGGAGUAUAUGACAUGUAGCCCAAAGUUUGCAUGGAAAAUUCUUACAGAAUCUCCUAAAUCAGAUAAAUUAACAGAACUUUUGUCUGAAAACCUGUAUAAUAAUGGCAAUUCAUAGACAUUCCAUUGUUAUAGAUUAUACAAAUGCAUUAACUUUUAUUUCCAAGUAAUUGACCAGACCUGCUUCCAGCAUGAUUAAUGCUUUAAGGUCAUCCGUAUAGUGGAUGCCUUGUAUUAAUUAAACUUACUUAAUAAUUUAACGAAAUAUACUUUUAUUUAACUGUCCCUUGAAUGAAUAAGUUAGCUGGCAUGUUAGGAAGCAGACUGUGUUUGAAGCCAGCCCUGUAAUUGACCAACAUAUCUUUCCCAUUCUAAAGUAUAACAGCCGUAACUUUACCAAUAGGCAGUAUGAUCCUGAAUUCUUAGUUCAUGAGAAGCCCAAUGAUUCCAUAUUUUGAUUCCAUAGUGCAAGAAUCCUAUCAUUAGUGAAUAUGCAUUCCAGAAAAUCUCUGCAUAUUGUUGCAAGGAGACAAAGAAAUGCCAUUUAGUUUGUCUUGUCAUUCUUGGGGAAAAGCAUGUUGGUUGGAAAACCAUUAUGUACAUAUUUUAGAAAUCAUUCGGGACACUAUUCUAAAUGACAGAUUCAAGUCAUGUUCAUUCACUGUCAUUUAAUAAUUCUCCAGUAGCAUGCAUUCUUAAGAAAUAUCUUUAUGGCCAUAAAUUUAAAAGUGGCAAAGUUAUCAAAACAGUGCUGACAUGGUGGCUUGCUGUCCUGUUUUACAAGAUGGAUUAUGUGGAAUCAGGGUGACUAUGUGGAAAAAUAAAGUAUCCAUCAUGAAACUGCUGUAUAAUGCUGUAUUACAUUCAUAUAAAGUAUGCUUUCAAAAUAAUUAUUUUGUCAGUUUACGGUUGGAAUAUCUCUUGCAGUUAAUAGUUUAUAAAAAUAAAAUUUAGUGCAUUAUAUUCUAGAUAUUGUGCACCAUAGCUAGUCUCACCAUUCUUACUGAAGUAUGUUAAUUUGUUGAUUAAAAGAACAUUUUCUUUUUUCUUUCUUUUAGCAGCUAAGAAAAUUAUUUUUGAUAAAACCUAGAGUGCAUCCAUAUUGGAAACUUGUUUAUUAAGAUAAGCUUAGAAAUUAAUUUCUUUUCAAAGGGUAAACUGCCAGCCCUUGGGCAAAUGCAUUUGUUUAACUUAUCAGUCUACAUUUACUAUUUAAACAAUUUAAUAUAUGAAUAUUUAUACACAAACAUAUAUUUUUAACUUGCACUUUUUUAAUCCUGCUUCCUCUUUUGUUUCUUUUAUAAUAGUGUACUCAAUUCUUUGUCUUCUUUGUGUGGACAAACUGCAUAAUAAGUGCAAAUAAAAAUAGAACUCAUUCAAUUUCUGACUAUUUAUACAAGUAAAACUUUCAUGUUGAAAUAAAAUUGCUUAAAGAUAUUGUUGUACUGUCUGUUAUUUAAUUUUCAAAUCAUAUUGAUAUUGUAUUGAAAGUACAAUAUAUGUGAGUUUUCAUUUUCAGUACAUACAUAUAUUGCAUUUUUGAUACAGUGAUAUUCUUUAUUUAGUUAUGUAUUUGAUUGAAGUGCAUUUUUUAAUGCAGAAGUUCUAUGUAACACAAGAUCAAUUUUGUGUUAUAUGAAGUAUCAUUUUUGUGUUAUUUCAUGUAUGCUACAUAUUAUGGAAGCAUUUAAACUAAUUUUUUGUUUAACAUACCAUAGAAAAAUUGCCUUAGAUAACUUAUGUGAGUGCAUUUUUUGCAUAUUGCUUAAAAUUUAUAUAAUAUUUGUAUCACAUUAACUGAACUGACUGUACUGCAUAUUAGUUUUAUUAUUAUCAUAUUGUUAACAUUAGCACACAUUAUCAAAAGUUGAAUAUAUACUCUCAGUGAAUUUUGUAUACAAUUAGCGGAAACGAAAGUGUAUGCUUUUUAACAUUAAUACAGAAUUAUGUGAGUACUUUUAUAUAUUUUUCAUAGACUGUGUGUAUGUACAGUUAAGAACUAAAUGACAAAAUGCACAAUUUUUUUGACAUAUAGUACUAGUAAAAGUGUACCUUUUCUGAUUGACAUAUUAAUUUCUUGCUGUAACAUCAAUAAUUAUAUUUCUCAAAAUUACACUUCUAUUAAAAUUACCUGAAGACAAAAUUAAUAAGCAGCAUCUCUUUUAAGGUUUUCCCUUUUAAUCUAUUAUUUUAGCAUUUUUGUCAUUCUGAAUUUUAAUAUUUGAUUUAAUAACUCUUUCCCUGAAUAUGUUUUGGAAAUACUGCAUUUAUUUAAUAUAUGUUUCCUUCAUUUCUAGAAUAUGGUUCUUAUCGCAUCUAUUCCAAAAUUAUUGAAAAUUGUUAUGUAGCCUUAGUUAAAUUUGACAAGAAUUAAAAGUUGAUUUUAUUGUAUUUGUGAAAACUAUAAAUUUGCUAUGGAAUUGGUCAGAUAAAAAUGAGAAGUUGUUGAGGAAGUAUGUUACUCAAUAGUUUUUUUCAAUAUGUACCUGUACUGUAUACCAUACUCGUAAUAACAGUAAACCGGAUUAGCACAUCUUUGUCAGUUUGAUUUAAAACUGAGAUAUUGUGGAAAUAUUCUACUGGUUAUGAAGAACUUUAAAGGAUGAUAUAAUUAAUGAAUUCCAGAUGAAGCUGUGAUAAUAUUCGGUUCAUAUUUCAUUAUCUUUGGUCAUUGGUAAUAUCUCAUUGUUGACUGAUUAGCUGUGUGAUGAAAUAAAAUUUUUACACAUGCGACUCUAAUAUUGCAAAAUUAUAUCAAGGCUGUGCUACCACCUUUCAAGAUAUUUAAAAUAACUGAGUAUUUUCUAGAAAGACCUUGUAAUAAUUAAAUCUUAAUUUAUAAAAUAAAUUUUAUGUUCUUUGAGCUAAAUAAAAUUUGUUAUUUAAAUAAACUUUGAAAAAGCAUCUGGACGAAUUCACUGAUAAAAGGUAUCACCUUUUAUCUAUUUUCAGUUGUUAUUUAUGAGGUGUAAAUAUGUAAUACAUAUUAAAAACUGCAGAAAUUGGAGGGGGGAAGGCAUGAAAAAUACUGAGUGUAACAAAAUAACAAAAGUUUUCCUUCCCCUUGCUUUUAAAAAUUCAUAAAAAAAAAAAAAAAAGUUUUCAUUGGAUAUUUAUGUCAUAGAUUCAAAACUUUAAAAAAUAUAGAUGGUUCUGCAUUGUAAAAAACAUAGGGAUGCAAAUGAGGUUAGCUUUUAAAAACGUCAUGCACAUGAAAAACUCAGUUUUUUUUUUUUUUUUUUUGCUGGUGCUUAUCCACAGACUUUAAUGAUGAUUUAUAGUAGAGUGAGUUUGAUUAAUAAGCCUCAUUAGUUGUAAAAUUGUUUUAUUUGACCACAAGAUCAGGUAUUUCAGUUUUGCGAUAGUUUCGUGUAGAGAAAUAGCUUAAAAUGAUUAUAACAGCAGUAAAAGCUUUUGUUUUACACUUUGAAGAAUUUGGCCAGCAAUACUACCUGAAAAUAUAAUGCUUAUGCAAAAUGCUGCAUCCUGGCAUAUAAACAGCUUCUGUGAAGCAGUUCUUUGUGAGGGCAUUUAGUCUUGGGUGAUUAAUUAGUCAUUCAGAGCCUGUCUUGUCCAGUAUUGUAACUGAGACAGCCUAUCUCAGUUAUAAUACCGAACGUCUGUUGGUUUUUGGUUGUGGAGCUAUUUGAAAUUUCAAGUCUGCACCAGCAGUCCAUCAUCUCUAUCAUAAAUCCCUUUGGGUCAAUAGCACCAGCCUAGGUGAAGCAGUUUCUCCUGAAGGCUUUUGGUGCUGGCUGACUGAUUUAUGACUCAUGUCCUGCUGCCUAGUAUUUUUAACUGCCAGAGCAAGACAUCUGAGGACUUUUGAUUGUGGACCAUUUGAAAUCCUGGGUGUAUAUCAGCAGCCCAUCAUCCCUAGUAUAAUAUUUCCAUUGAUUGAAUAGUAACAGAUACUCGGUGCAUCAAGGUAAUUCAUGCUUUUAGAAUGUGAUAUCCUAUAGAAAGAGGGUAGAAAGCAUAGUUGUUUGGUAUUAGAGGAAGCUUUCUUUUGUUAAAGGUCAUCCAAAGGAUAAAAUGACAAUGUAGUGCUAUCUAUCAGCAGAAUUUUAAACUAAAAGUAUUCUCCCUCCUUUUUUAUGGUAAAAACAUCUAGAUUUUUGCCAUGAAUCCUCAUAUAGUAAUUCAUUCAUUUACUAUGGAUUUUUAUGUAUUUUGUGUAAAUACAUACACAAAAAGAAGCUCAUAAAUAAAUGUGGAAUGGUGUCUUAAAAGAGACAGAAUCCAAAACAUGAAAUAAUCUAUAAAACAGCACUAUCUAUAAAGCAGAACUUUUAGGAGUAAUGUAAUAUUUAGUAUUAAAUAUAUCAUUUGUAUUCAAAAUGUUUUGUUUACUAUCUUUUUAACUUUAAUUUUCAGCAAGUACUGUUCUGUUGCAGUGUUUUCAUCAUCUCUGCGUGGCCAACUUAAUUUCAAGCAGUUUCCAAAAGAAAAUGUCAGUUCAAGUAGUAAAGAAUAUCAAAAUAAUGGUUUUUAUAAAUGUUCAUGGUGUACAUAUUCAUCAUGGGACCGUAAUCGCAUGAAACAGCAUGUAACAAUCCAUACUGGAGAAAGAUCAUUUUGCUGUCCGCAUUGCAAGAAAAGAUUUAAUAGGAAAAGUAACAUGAAAAAGCAUGUAUUUUUACAGCAUAAAUUGAGUUCAAUAAAUUUUAAUUGAAGCUA